UAUGACUAGAGAGGUACGCGAUGGGCCAAGGGGACGACAAGGAUCGCAUCGUGAUCAACGUCGGAGGAAUCAAGCACCAGACCUACCGCAGCACCCUGCGCACCCUGCCCGGCACUCGACUCUCCUGGCUGGCGGAGCCCGACGCGCCUAAUAACUUCGAUUAUGAUGCGAACAUCGGGGAGUUUUUCUUCGACCGUCACCCCGGCGUUUUCGCCCACAUCCUUAACUAUUAUCGCACGGGCAAGCUGCAUUGCCCGGCGGACGUGUGUGGACCUUUGUAUGAGGAGGAGCUGGCGUUUUGGGGGAUCGACGAGACAGACGUGGAACCGUGUUGCUGGAUGACCUACCGGCAGCAUCGAGAGGCGGAGGAGGCUUUGGACAGCUUCGCCGGGGUUGCUCUGGAUCUCGGGCAUGAAGACCCGGAGCCUGAGGGG